AUGUCCGACUCCAAAGAAGCUCUUCUCGACCAUGUCGACUCCCCCGCCGACCCUCCACCAGCCUACGACCUCCCAACCAAGCCGCGCGGGCCACCACUCCCCCGCCCACCGCCGCUCUCAUUGCCCGUGCUAAACGACCUACGCACACGAAGAGUCGUCCUAGCUUCCCAAUCACCCCGCCGACGCCGAAUAAUCGGUUACCUAGGCCUUCCAAUCGAAGUGAUUCCCUCAAACGCAGCCGAAGACCUCCCGAAAAGCCUAGCGCCUUUCGAAUACGUCCUCGGCACAGCUACCAAAAAGGCACAGGCCGUGUACCAGCAGGAAAUCACCAACGAGGAAAAGGGCGAGCCGGCCCUCAUCCUCGCUGCUGAUACUGUCGUCGUCAAUACUGCUUCUGGCUCCAUUCUUGAGAAACCCACUUCCGAGGCCCACCAUUUCUCCAUGCUUCGUUCGCUGCGCGAUGCUCGUAAGCACAAGGUUUACACGGCACUAGUGGCUAUGGCGCCGUUGGAGAGUGCGCGGGUGCCGGGGUAUGCUAUGGAGUCGCAUGUAGAGGAGACGGAUGUUGUGUUUGAUGGGGAUGUUUCGGAUGAGUUGAUUAUGGCUUAUGUGCGCACGCGCGAGGGUGCAGAUAAGGCUGGUGGGUAUGGAUUGCAGGGAUUGGGGUCUAUUCUGGUGGAGAAGGUUGAGGGCAGUUAUGAUAACGUUAUCGGGUUGCCGUUGAAAGCGACGCUGAAGGUGAUUGAGGCUGUUAUGGCGAAGGCGGAUGAUGAGGAUCGGUUGCCGGAUGAUCAGGUGUUGGAUGACGGGGAUGAGGACGAGGAUGAGGAGUGA